AUGGAGGUGCCCCUUGUUAAUUUUGAGAACAUGGAUGAUGUUGGCAUUAACCUUGGGGACCCGAAUGACUCCGGGUACCCGACUUCACCCCCUUCAGAGGCUCCUGAUCAGAAUCUUUUGCCCCACCGUCUGAGUUCCCCUCACCAGUCGCCACACAGAGGACGACGUAGGCAUCAUUCUGGGCAUGAAGGACUGUCACCGUCCACUCCUCCAUCUCUGACCACUAAAGCGAACUCCAGCAGUGGCAGUUUGAUCUCUAAUCUGAAGCUCCUGAUCAACAGUGAGUCUCCAACUGACAGUGUCUUCAGUAAGAUGGCUAAGGAUUGCUACGAGAAUGAAGAUUUGUUUGAAAAGCACUGUAUUGAAGAAAAAGACGAGAAAGUUGUCAUCAAUGUAUCAGGCCUGAUGUUCGAGACCCAGCUCAGCACCUUGAAUCACUUUCCAGAAACACUGCUGGGUGACCCGAUGAAGAGGAUAAGAUACUUUGACCCGAUGAAAAACGAGUACUUUUUUGACAGAAACCGCCCAUCAUUUGAUGGCAUUCUGUACUACUACCAGUCAGGGGGGAGAAUCCGCAGACCGGCCAAUGUUCCCUUAGAUGUUUUUGCGAAUGAAAUUGUCUUCUAUGAGUUGGGUCAUGAAGCGAUGGAGCAGUUCCGCGAAGAUGAAGGGUUUGUCAAAGAGCCGGAGGUUCUUUUACCCACAAAUGAACUCCAACGACAAUUCUGGCUCCUGUUCGAAUACCCAGAAAGUUCGAGUGCAGCCAAAUCUGUCGCUCUGGUUUCUGUGUUCGUCAUCGUCAUUUCAAUCGUCAUCUUCUGCCUAGAGACUCUGCCGGAGUUCAGAGAGGACUCUGACUUUCCUCCGGCUUUAACCCAACUCAUCAACGGGACUGCCCCUCAUCCCACCGUUAAAGACGUUUUUGCGUAUUUAACAGACCCCUUUUUCAUUGUGGAGACUAUCUGCAUCAUUUGGUUCUGCUUUGAAGUCGGUGUCCGUUUUGUGGUGUGCCCUAGCAAAAGUGAUUUCUUCAAUAACAUCAUGAACAUCAUCGACAUUGUCUCUAUAAUUCCCUACUUUGUGACCCUUGGAACUGAGCUGGCUACGACCCCUGAUGAGGACUUGAACUCCAGUCAGAACAUGUCCCUGGCAAUCCUAAGAAUCAUCCGUCUAGUGAGAGUCUUCAGGAUUUUUAAACUUUCCCGACACUCCAAAGGGCUUCAGAUCCUGGGGCAGACCUUGAAAGCCAGUAUGAGGGAACUUGGGCUGCUCAUCUUCUUCCUUUUCAUAGGAGUCAUCCUGUUCUCCAGUGCCAUCUACUUUGCAGAAGUGGAUGAGCCGCAGACACAGUUUGUGAGUAUCCCUGACGGCUUCUGGUGGGCCGUAGUGACAAUGACCACUGUGGGAUACGGAGACAUGUGCCCCAUCACAAUGGGAGGCAAAAUGGUGGGCACUCUCUGUGCCAUUGCUGGUGUCCUGACCAUCGCCUUGCCUGUCCCUGUCAUCGUCUCCAACUUUAACUAUUUUUACCAUCGUGAGACUGAGCAGGAGGAGAAACAGGUGAUGGAUGCGGCUGCAGAGGCUGCCCAGAAAAUGUCAGAAGCAAACAAGUAUGGAAGCACACCCUCACUAAACAAAAGUAACGGCACCUGGCAGAAUGAGAAAAAUGGCACAAACUGCUAA